CAGGCAUUAGCGGGUUUCUGGCUUUUGCCUCUGCCCUCUGCGCUGUCCGCCGGUGGAGAGCAUUUCUGAUGCACACCAGCUGCUGCCGUGUCGCCUGAGGAUCUCCAGGACGCUAUCUACCACCAUUCAGCGCCGCGGCCUGAGUGCCCGUAUAUAUUGAGUGCGCUCCGCCCGACACUGCUGAGCCGCAAAAGUCAGAUCUCGGCUAUCUGGUCCCCGUCUGAACUUGUGCCAGGAUGCCUACCGAGAACAGGAAGCGCGGGCGCCGCGAGCAGAAGAAGCGCAAGCGCGAGCAGCAGGACGCCGACAAGCACGGGAAGCGACACAAACGGGAAGAGGAGGUCGAGGAGGUGCUGCAGCAGUACGAAGACAGCCAGCGGUAUGCAGAGGAGAGGGAUCCCUACCAGGACGAGGCCAUCGAUGGCCUCACACGGCCCGGUGCCAUGCCCUUCUACGGCAUGCUGGACGAGGACGAGCAGGAGUACUUCAAGCGUGCCGACGAGAUGCUCGAGCUGAACCAGUUCGCCGACGCCGAGGAGCGCUCCAUGUUCCUCGCCAGCGUCUGGAAAGAGGCCGACGGGAAGGAGCUCAAGAUCGCCAACAGCCAGUCCUGCUCACGCCUGAUGGAGCGCCUCAUACUUCUGUCGACCCCGGACCAGCUGAAGCGUCUCUUCCAGAAGUUCAGCUCACACUUCCUCCACCUUGUCCAGCACCGCUUUGCGUCCCACUGCUGCGAAGCCCUCUUCAUACAAGCUGCACCGGUCGUCACCCAGGAGCUCGCCAACCCCGACCUCGCCCUCGCACCCUCAACUGACCCCGAUGCCGUCAUCGUUUCCAUGGAGAACCUCUUCCUGCUCACCUUGGCCGAGCUAAACGAACACUUGGGUUACCUCAUGACAGAUCGUUUUGCCUCGCACGUAUUGCGAGUGCUGGUCGUCAUCCUUUCUGGCUCACCGCUGGAGAAGCAGAACAAGUCGGCUAUGCAAAGCAAGAGGAAAGAGAAGGUCGGUGUUGCAGGCGCAGAGAAGACGGAACUGGCGUUGGAACACCGAGCUAUCCCCAAAUCCUUCGAGGAAGCCCUCGAGAAGGUCAUUGACAAGAGUGUCUCUGGUCUCGACUCGAACUACCUCCGCACACUGUCGACACAUCCUCUUGGCAAUCCAACACUGCAGAUGUUGCUCAAGUUGGAGCUUAAGCACUUUGGCAAGUCACGAGCGAAGGACGAGAAGUCGAUCAUCCACAAACUUCUACCUGACGAUCCCAUCGCCGAAGGCACAGAGAGCGCAUCGUUUGUUAACGGCCUCGUUUACGAUCCCAUUGGUUCCCGUUUGCUCGAGACGAUCAUCGAGAAUGCACCCGGAAAAUUGUUCAAGGCGAUCUACAGCGAGUUUUUCAAGGAGCGCAUGGGAAGCUUGGCCCGCAACGAGAUCGCCGGCUAUGUCGCGGGGAAGAUCCUCGAACGCCUCGGCAAGGAGGACCUCGUAGAUGCCAUGCAUCAGAUCGUGGACCAGAUCCCUAACCUGGUGGAACGCAACCGGACUGCCAUCAUCAAGACACUGAUCGAGCGUUGCGCCGUACGAGAUGUUGACACCCUCCCUAUCUCAAAGCAACUUGAGCUGGCCUACAGCGGCCCCAACGGAUUCGAAAUCUCACGGAUUCUCAAGCUCGGCGAUCCCCAGCUUGAAGAUGGAAAGACAAAUGCCAAGGCCCACGGCAAGUCUGAUCACUCGCCGGAGAAGGUCCAUGGCUCUCUCUUGGCGCAGACCAUGAUGAUGGUCGAUGGCCCUCUUGGAAACCUCAUCUUCGACUCGCUCGCCAACUUGUCCCAAAAACUUGCACUCAACCUCGCCCGUGACCCCACAGCAUCACGAACUUUACAAGCAGCACUGAAUUACAGUCAUGGAUCCGUCAUCUUCCGCCGCAAAAUGAUCCAGCAGUUCUACGGUCAUGUUGGCGAACUGGCACUUGACCCAGCAGCAUCCCGCGUCAUCGACGCCAUCUGGGAAGGUACUCACGGCCUCGCCUUCAUCCGUGAACGCAUCGCUGAAGAGCUCGCUGAGAACGAAAGUGCUCUGCGCGAGUCCUUCGUCGGUCGUGCAGUCUGGCGCAACUGGCGCAUGGAUCUGUACAAGCGCAAGCGUGUAGACUGGGUCACGCAAUCACGCUACACAGCUGGCAACGAUGGCUUCCAGUCCUUCCCUGAAAGUAACGGCCAUUCAGAACACAAGCAGCCUGGCAGACAUUUGACAGCGCUCGAGCGUGCACGACAAAAGCACGCGGCUACCAAAAUCGCCGGGCUAAAAAAGAACGAAUCAGCAGCCAAAGAGAGCAAGAAGCCGGGACGGAAAGAGAGGAGCGUGGCAACGGGCAGCAACAAGACCGAGAAAGCGGAAACAACAAGCGUCGUGGCGCAAUAAGGCGCAUCAAUCGCGUGUGUAUGAUGUUCGAGCGGUUUGUCCAAUCUUUGAUUGUCAGGCAUGGCAAAAAGGCGUUCUUGUUUGCUUCCACAUGUUCUGGGGUGUGGGUGGGUCUUGCCAAAUAUUUUCUGAUUCGAUCUCUAGAUACCUUUAGCGCAUGAGAAUUCUGCCGCCGACAGACCGAGACGGCGGGGGAUUUAGUAUGGAACAAUGGAACAUGUAACUUUUA